CCCAGCAGCGCGCGCCGGGGGCGGGGCGGGCCGGGACCGGGGCCGGCACCGGGACCCGGGCACCGGGACCCGGCCGGGACCCGCCUGCAGCGCGGACCGCGAUGUGGCUGCUCCGCCUGGGCAGGGCCCUGCAGCGAUACGGUGGCCGUGUGGCUACCAGCAGCCAGCAGGCGCAGCAUGGCACUGCUGCGGUGGCUGCCACUGGGCACGUGCCCAGCUGGACGGGACAGGAGAGUCUGGCUGAGAGUGACCCAGAGAUGUGGACCCUGGUCCAGAAGGAGAAGGAUCGGCAGUGCCGGGGGCUGGAGCUCAUCGCCUCUGAGAAUUUCUGCAGCCGGGCGGCACUGGAAGCCCUGGGCUCCUGCCUCAACAACAAGUACUCGGAGGGGUACCCUGGCAAGAGGUACUAUGGGGGAGCUGAAGUGGUGGACCAGAUCGAGCUCUUGUGCGAGCAGCGGGCUCUGGAGGCGUUCGACCUGGAUCCGGCCCGCUGGGGCGUCAACGUUCAGCCCUACUCAGGGUCUCCAGCCAACUUAGCAGCCUACACCGCCCUGCUGCAGCCCCACGACCGCCUGAUGGGGCUGGACCUGCCCGAUGGGGGCCACCUCACACAUGGGUACAUGUCGGACGUCAAGAGAAUCUCAGCAACAUCCAUCUUCUUCGAGUCAAUGCCCUACAAACUUGACCCAGCCACGGGACUGAUUGACUACAACCAACUGGAGGUGACGGCACGGCUCUUCCGCCCUCGUCUCAUCAUUGCCGGCACUAGUGCAUACGCUCGCCUCGUUGACUACGCUCGCAUGAAGAAGGUGUGUGAGGAAGUGAAGGCGUACUUGCUUGCAGACAUAGCGCACGUCAGCGGGCUGAUGGCAGCCAAGGUCAUCCCUUCGCCCUUCGAGUACGCAGACGUGGUCACCAGCACUACACACAAGACACUACGUGGCGUCAGGUCGGGACUGAUCUUCUACCGCAAGGGCGUGCGCUCGGUGGAUAAGAAGACGGGCAAGGAGAUACACUACGACUUGGAGGACAGGAUCAACUUUGCUGUCUUCCCCUCCCUGCAAGGGGGCCCCCAUAACCACGCCAUUGCCGCCGUGGCUGUGACCCUCAAGGAGGCCAGUUCACCAGCUUUCCGCCAGUACUGCCAGCAGGUGCUGAAGAACUCCAAAGCCAUGGCACAAGCCCUGCUCCAGCGUGGGUACACCCUGGUGUCAGGUGGCACCGACAACCACCUGGUGCUGGUGGACUUGCGGCCCAAGGGCAUUGACGGUGCACGAGCUGAGCGGGUGCUGGAGCUCGUCUCCAUCACUGCCAACAAGAACACGUGCCCGGGGGACAAGAGUGCGCUCACGCCAGGGGGGCUGCGCCUGGGUGCCCCUGCAUUGACCUCCCGCCACUUCCGUGAGGAGGAUUUCCAGAAAGUCGUGGCUUUCAUCGAUGAGGGCAUCAUGCUGGCCCUGGACAUCAAGAGCAAAACCAGCAAGCUCCAGGAGUUCAAGACCUUCCUGCUGCAGGACGCGGAGACACAGCGCCGCUUGGCUGACCUGCGCCAGCGUGUGGAGACCUUCGCUCGUGCCUUCCCCAUGCCUGGCUUCAGCGACCACUGAGCGGGGGCUCUCACCCCUCCUGCCAGGCUGGGACUACCGAGGGGCGAGGGGAGGCUUAAACCCACCCUCUGCAUUCCCCAUUCCCCCUCAUCCCCCACCAGCACCGUUGGCAUUGGGUACUCCCUCCCUGGGCCCACCCCCAUCCUGCUGUCAGUGUUAGGGUACAGAGACACCCCCACCCAGACCCUGAUGGAGGGACCCAUCCUCGCUCCAGCCUUGUCCCCUCUGUCCAGGCAAGUCUUGCACUUUUCUACAGGGGGAGGUCAGUAAUAAAAGUGGGGGCAGGUC